AUGUACCCCUCUCAACAAAUACCUCCUCCAAGGGCCACCUCCUCCAUGGGCCACCUCCUCCAAGGGCCACCUCCUCCAAGGGCCAUCUCCUCCAUGGGCCACCUCCUCCAAGGGCCAUCUCCUCCAAGGGCCACCUCCUCCAAGGGCCACCUCCUCCAAGGGCCACCUCCUCCAAGGGCCACCUCCUCCAAGGGCCACCUCCUCCAUGGGCCACCUCCUCCAAGGGCCAUCUCCUCCAAGGGCCACCUCCUCCAAGGGCCACCUCCUCCAUGGGCCACCACCUCCAAGGGCCAUCUCCUCCAAGGGCCACCUCCUCCAAGGGCCACCUCCUCCAUGGGCCACCUCCUCCAAGGGCCACCUCCUCCAAGGGCCAUCUCCUCCAAGGGCCACCUCCUCCAUGGGCCACCUCCUCCAAGGGCCAUCUCCUCCAAGGGCCACCUCCUCCAAGGGCCACCUCCUCCAAAGGCCACCUCCUCCAUGGGCCACCUCCUCCAAGGGCCACCUCCUCCAUGGGCCACCUCCUCCAAGGGCCAUCUCCUCCAAGGGCCACCUCCUCCAAGGGCCACCUCCUCCAUGGGCCACCUCCUCCAAGGGCCAUCUCCUCCAAGGGCCACCUCCUCCAAGGGCCACCUCCUCCAAGGGCCACCUCCUCCAUGGGCCACCUCCUCCAAGGGCCACCUCCUCCAAGGGCCACCUCCUCCAAGGGCCACCUCCUCCAAGGGCCAUCUCCUCCAAGGGCCACCUCCUCCAAGGGCCACCUCCUCCAUGGGCCACCUCCUCCAAGGGCCACCUCCUCUCCAUGGCCACCCCCUCUAA